AUGGGCGGGAACCACUCCCACAAGCCCCCCGUGUUUGACGAGAAUGAGGAAGUCAACUUUGACCAUUUUCAGAUUCUGCGGGCCAUUGGCAAAGGGAGUUUUGGAAAGGUAUGCAUCGUGCAGAAGCGAGACACGAAGAAAAUGUACGCAAUGAAGUACAUGAACAAGCAGAAAUGCAUCGAGAGGGACGAGGUUCGGAAUGUGUUCCGGGAACUCCAGAUCAUGCAGGGGCUGGAGCACCCUUUCUUGGUCAACCUGUGGUACUCCUUCCAGGACGAGGAGGACAUGUUCAUGGUGGUGGACCUGCUCCUGGGCGGGGACCUACGCUACCACCUGCAGCAGAACGUCCACUUCACCGAGGGGGCAGUGAAGCUGUACAUUUGUGAGCUGGCGCUGGCCCUGGAGUACCUGCAGAGGUUCCACAUCAUCCACAGAGACAUCAAGCCAGACAACAUCUUGCUGGAUGAACAUGGACAUGUUCACAUCACAGAUUUCAACAUAGCGACGAUCGUGAAAGGAGCAGAAAAGGCUUCCUCCAUGGCCGGGACCAAGCCCUACAUGGCCCCGGAAGUGUUCCAGGUGUAUGUGGACGGAGGCCCCGGCUACUCGUACCCCGUCGACUGGUGGUCCCUGGGUGUCACAGCCUAUGAGCUGCUGCAGGGCUGGAGACCGUAUGAAAUCCACUCGGCCACACCCAUUGAUGAGAUCCUCAACAUGUUCAAGGUGGAGCGCGUCCACUACUCCUCCACGUGGUGCAAAGGCAUGGUGGCACUGCUGAAGAAGCUCCUGACCAAGGACCCUGAGAGCCGCCUGUCCAGCCUCGGUGACGUUCAGAGCGCACCCUACUUGGCCGACAUGAACUGGGAUGCUGUGUUCGAGAAGGCGCUGACGCCCGGCUUUGUGCCUAAUAAGGGGAGAUUGAACUGUGAUCCCACAUUUGAACUUGAAGAAAUGAUCCUCGAAUCCAAGCCUCUUCACAAAAAGAAGAAGAGGUUGGCGAAGAACAGGUCCAAAGACGGCACGAAGGACAGCUGUCCUCUGAAUGGACACCUCCAGCAGUGCUUGGAGACUGUGCGGAAGGAAUUCAUCAUAUUCAACAGAGAGAAGCUGAGGAGGCAGCAGGGGCAGAGCGGCCAGCUCUUGGACCCAGAAGGCCGGGCUGGGAGCCAGACCCAGGGCAAGCUCCAGGACGGGUGCAACAACAACAUUCUGGCCCACGCCUGCUCCCGUGGCUGCAGCAGCUAA